UCGCGCGGAAAAGGCGAGCCCUCUUUGCAGUGGGAAAAAUGAUGCACUACAAGAAGGGCAAGAAUGUGGAGGAAGAACUAUCACAGGAGCAGAUUCCGAUCGAGGUGUUACCGGAGCAGUUUCUCUGGAUGCACGUCAAGGGUGGUUCGGCGGUAACGAAUCUGGUCGAGUAUGCGAAGAAAGCGCUCGAGGAGGGAUCGCAUCGUUCCGUUGUGUGGAGUGGUUCGGAUGGCGGUGUUGGGAAGACGAUAAGCUGUGCGGAAAUCUUAAAGCGACACUUCGAGCUGCACCAGGUGACACGGAUAUGCUACAGAAAAGUUGAAGAAUACUGGGACCCGCAGGAGGAUGGUUUGGAGCAGAUCGUUGCCAAGCGGAAUAUUCCCUGUGUGCACAUACUAACGUCGUUGGAUGAGAUCGACUCGACGGUACCAGGCUACCAGCAUUCCAAAACACACGGUGGUUUCUGGACGGGUUCGGGUCUCAGCUCGUCCGAGAGCCCUCGCAAACGCCCACAAGGACAGCGGCCCAAAGAGGCAGGUGACAAGAAGGGUAACUAUUUUACCGGACCUCAGCUCAAAAAGAAAGCGAACCGACACUAUUCCAAUGGUGAUGAUAACUCCGGGCCUAGUAAUGGUGGAAAUCGGCAGCAGAAUAAUUCCCAUAAAGGGAAAACCACCCAAAGACCCCCCAAAGAUGCUGGAGGUGACGGUGCUGGAUGUUCGCGUAGCAAAGGUAAACCUAGGGAUCUCGACAAACGGAGAAACCCGAACGUUAACAAGAAGGUUGGUGAAAGUGGUGAUGGAACCUUCAAAAAGGGGUCAGAGGGCGAAGGAGGAGGACGGAGAGAUAGAAAGAAAUCGGAAAAGGAAGGGAAAGAUUAUCAAGGGAAUGUCGUUAAGAUGGACACGGGUAACGAUACUGCGAAGGAUAAUGCUGGCGGAAAUUCCUAAUAAUGAUCCCAUCAUUGUAAGAGAUAUCGCAUUCUGUAUAAAUGAGUAAAAUUACAUAACGUUUACACAACAUUUCUUGCUAUUUAUAACAUGACUUUCUACGUACAACACACACACACUUUUCUUCGUGAAAGUAUUAGAUAAAUGAAUUUUUAUUAUCUUCUAUUCACGUAUUGUUCCUUCGUGUAAUUGUGUAGAGCUGUAUUUAAACUUUUUUUCUGCUUAAUGUUUCGCUUUACCGUAGUAGUUUUGUGUAAUGAUUAACGAGUUUUGUUUGCCUUUAUGUUGCAUUUUCGUGAUCGUUUAUCUGGCCGUUUAACGCUUCUGGUGAUUGAUGGGUGGUGUUGCUCCUAGUGGCAUCCAUGCAUUACUUGUUGUUCCGAACUGUUAUCAUAUCGGGAAUAUAUGUAUAGAUGGACAGAAGGUAGAGUUUCAUACGAAGUGGCGCGAAAUGAAGUGAAUUUUUGUGAUUAGGUUAUUAAAAAAUAACUGAUUAACUUCGAUUGUCGAACAAAACCAAACAAGGCCUUUCAAAUCCU